AUGUCAAGACGCAGUAGCCGUUUACAAGCCAAGCAGCAGCAGCAGCCCCAACCCAGCCAGUCAAAUUCCCCUCAAGAAGCCCAGGUAGUCCAGGCCAAGAAGAGAAAAACGAGCCAGGAUGUCAAAAAAAGAAAAGAAGAGGUUACCAAGAAACACCAGUAUGAGAUUAGGAAUUGUUGGCCACCUGUAUUAACUGGAGGGAUCAGUCCUUGUAUUAUCAUUGAGACACCUCACAAAGAAAUAGAAACAAGUGACUUCUCCAGAUUUACAAAUUACAGAUUUAAAAAUCUUUUUCUUAAUCCUUCACCUUUGCCUGAUUUAAGCUGGGGAUGUUCAAAUGAAGUCUGGCAAAAUAUGCUGAACAAAGAAAGCAGAUAUGUUCAUGACAAGCAAUUUGAAGUUCUGCAUUCUGAACUGGAACCACAGAUGAGGUCAAUACUUCUAGAUUGGCUUUUAGAGGUAUGUGAAGUGUACACACUUCAUAGGGAAACAUUUUAUCUUGCACAAGACUUUUUUGAUAGAUUUAUGCUGACACAAAAGGAUGUAAAUAAAAACAUGCUCCAGCUCAUUGGGAUUACUUCUUUAUUCAUUGCUUCCAAACUUGAGGAAAUCUAUGCUCCUAAACUCCAAGAGUUUGCUUAUGUUACUGAUGGUGCUUGCAGUGAAGAGGAUAUUUUAAGGAUGGAACUCUUCAUAUUAAAGGCUUUAAAAUGGGAACUUUGUCCUGUAACGGUCAUCUCCUGGCUAAAUCUCUUUCUCCAAGUUGAUGCUCUUAAAGAUGCUCCUAAAGUUCUUCUACCUCAGUAUUCUCAGGAAAAGUUCAUCCAAAUAGCACAGCUUUUAGAUCUCUGUAUUUUAGCGAUUGAUUCAUUAGAGUUCCAGUACAGAAUACUGGCUGCUGCUGCCUUGUGCCAUUUUACUUCUAAUGAAGUGGUUAAGAAGGCUUCAGGUUUGGAAUGGGACAGCAUUUCUGAAUGUGUAGACUGGAUGGUACCUUUUGUCAAUGUAGUAAAAGGCUCUCCACCAGUGAAGCUAAAAUCUUUUAAGAAAAUUCCUAUGGAAGAUAGACACAAUAUACAAACACAUUCAAAUUAUUUGGUUAUGCUGGAUGAAGUAAAUUACAUCAAUACCUUCAGAAAAGAGGGACAACUGUCACCAGUGUGCAAUGGAGGCAUUAUGACACCACCGAAGAGCACUGAAAAACCAGCAGGAAAACACUAA